AUGAAUUCCACUUUCAUCGAUAUUGAUUCUGAAACUGAGAUAGCUGCAAUGACAGAACGAGUCCGUUCCCGACAUAAAACUCGAGUCCCUCACACUUCUGAAGAUGUCAUGGCUUUCGAGCCGGACGUCGAUUUCUCGACGGCUGGUGGCCACUUUCCACGUGUCUAUUUACCGCAAGAGGAGAGGAAAUAUAGCGACGGAGAGGAGGAAUAUGAUGAUGACGAUGACUAUCAACAUCUAUUACCGGAUCCUAACGUGGACCCGAACUCGAAUUGGCUGAAACGUACACAUGACACAUUGAAAGGAGACAUCUCAUCCAUAUUAUUACUAUUAUUUCUCUAUUUACUUCAAGGAGUUCCUCUCGGUCUUAUCGGAGCGAUUCCUCUGUUAUUAUCCAGUAAACAUGUAUCAUAUGGAUCACAGGCCAUUUUCUCGUUUGCUUAUUGGCCGUUUAGUCUGAAACUUCUCUGGGCUCCAAUCGUCGAUUCAGUAUGGUCAAAACGUUUAGGACGAAGGAAAUCAUGGAUGGUCCCUUGUCAAUAUCUCAUUGGACUUUUCAUGUUAUUUCUCUCGUUUAAAGUGAAUGAUAUAAUGGGAGGAAACGAUGGAUCACCCAAUGUUAUCUUCCUUAUGCUCAUCUUUUUACCAUUGAAUUUCUUGGCAGCCACACAGGAUAUUGCUGUCGAUGGAUGGGCGUUGACUAUGUUGUCGAAGAAAAACGUCGGAUACGCCUCGACAUGUAACGCAGUCGGUCAGACAGCCGGUUACUUCCUCGGAAAUAUUGUCUUCUUGGCUCUCGAAUCAUCGACAUUCUGUAAUGAUUUCUUGAGAUCCAAAGAGAAUCAUUCAGACACUGGAAUCGUUGAUUUGGCAGGAUACGUAUUCUUCUGGGGAUGGGUAUUCAUCAUCACAACCACUCUCGUCCUCAUUUUGAAACGAGAAGUCGACAAAUCUGUGCCAUCAACUCAGAAUGUGCCACCAGGAGAGGAGGAAGAGGAGAUGGAGCUCGGCGUCGCAGAGUCCUAUACAGUACUCUACAAAAUUAUGAAACUGAAGCCUGUCCUCUGGAUGUGUGCGAUCCUAUUGACUGGAAAACUGGCGUUCGCCGCGUCGGAUGGAAUGACAAGUCUGAAAUUGAUCGAUAUGGGGAUCCCCAAGGAUCGUCUUGCUUCUAUCGGAGUCUUUCUGACACCUAUGCAGAUUCUUUUGCCGUGGAUGAUUGGAAAAUGGACUGCCGGGCCACGCCCACUGAACAUCUUUCUGUUGGCAUUCCCUUAUAGAAUAUUCAUUGGAGGAGUGUUCGCUGCACUUGUCUGGUGGACGCCUCACUUCAGACUGGCCGAUGGAAAAUUCGAGUAUUCUGUGUACUUUGUCUGGAUUACUGGAUACAUUUUCCAUCAGCUCGCCACGUACUCAAUGUUCGUCUCAAUGAUGGCAUUCAUCGCCCAAAUCUCGGAUCCACGAAUCGGUGGAACCUAUAUGACAAUGCUGAAUACACUCAACAAUUUGGGCGGAAACUGGCCGGUUACUGUAGUUUUAUCGGUGACCGAUUGGUUCACUUAUAAGGAUUGUGUCGUCAAAGGGACCAAAGAUGUUCUCUACUCUUGUAAUACAAAAGUAUUGGCUGAUCAAUGUUCGAAUGGUGGUGAUGUUUGUGAAGUGGCAAUUGAUGGAUACUUCAUUUCUGUCGCUGUUUGUUCAUUCAUUGGAAUUGUUUGGUACAAAGUAUUCUACAACAAGAUCAAAUAUCUCCAAAAGAUUCCACGCAGUCAGUGGAGAGUGUUCCCAUCAAGAUCGACACCAAAUUAG